CUCCUGUAGCUUCAACCACGGUCAGUACCAAGGGACUUGGUGGAACAAACAAUCCUGCCCAAUGAACACCAUCAUCGUAGAAGAAGCUCGUAAUGUUCAUCUCUCAUACACCGACAGUGGUCCUCCGAAGAUAGACCAUUCUACACCGUACACGACGAUCUUCGCAGUUCAUGGUUCAAUGUUCAAUGGAGCCGUUUUCAAAAAACUCUUCCCACUUUGCAGCCGAGCAAACAUCCGUUUCGUUUCAAUCAACCGUCGUGGUUAUCCUGGAUCCACCGAUUUCACCGAUAAGGAACUGGAAGUGUUCUCUCCCACUACCGACGCAGAAACGGAAUCCGAGAAACAGAAACAGAGGGUGGACUAUUUGAAGGCGCGAGGGAGGGAACUCCUCACAUUUGUGGACACGUUCAUCCAGAAACAUGAUUUACCACCCAUAUCCAAAGUUGAGGGCGAGAUGGGAACGAAGAAGAAAUGCGGUGGUAUUGCUAUCUUGGGAUGGUCUCUCGGACAUACCGUGACGUUUGCGACUCUCGCCGACCUGGAAGAUGCACCGAAGGAAGUACAGGCUAGGCUGGCAGCUUAUUUGAGGGCCCAUAUACUGCUUGAACCGCCAACGAUUAUGAUCGGGAGAAAACCGUUUCCUGGAACUUGGGUUCCUGCUUGGGAGCCAAGCUUCACUCCAACUUCCGCAACCGGCCUUUUCAUGGUGCUCGUCUCGGCUUAUUACAUCCAUGGACCUGGAGUCGUUACUCUUGACCCAAAACUUCAAACUCGGGAUCCGACUCUGAUGGAACAUGUUGCGCCUGCGUUGCCCUCUAAAGACAGUUCCAACGUCCCCAGUAUCUAUAACAUGACUCCACAAGACGUCGAAGAGAUCGUUUCCUUCCAUCCAGUCCCGAGAGCCGACGCUUUACUAUCCAGAACGGCAAUGCUCUGGUUAGAUCUUCAUCAGGUGAACUAUGCAAAGGCUUGUUAUAGUGAGACCGUUAGGAAACGUUUACUUCCCGAGAUGAAGGUGGUCGAAAUUAUCGCGGACAGAACGUCAGCGGUUGUUGCCGGCACUUUUUGGCAGAUAUGGGACGACAAUGAGGAAGAGAAAGAGAAGGUUAGAAAGGUCACUGGGUUGAAGGAUGUGAAGGACUUUGUGGAGUUUAAAUUGAUGAAAGGCGCCAAUCAUUUUAUGCAUUGGGAUCACCCGCAAGAAACUAUGGACCUCCUUGUGGAAAUUUUGAACGAAUGACUGAAUACAUUUUAUUGAAGUACAAGACAGCAGAGAUCCCAAUUUUAAAUACAGCAUGAUUUCGAAUUUAUGACCUUAAAUUGCACAGAUCGAGGAGGUUAACGAAUCUUUAGACCCUAGCAGCGAUGAAGCUCGCAGC